AAACAUUCCCCAUAAGACUACUGCAGCAUCAAAAUUCCCUCUCUUCACCAUUUCUUUCAAUGGAGCCUCUGAGACUAUUACUUAUCUUAAUUACUAUUUUGUCCAAUAUUCACACUCUAAGGGGUAGUGAACUUCUUGUUCAUGAGUACUACAAAGAAAAAUGUCCCUUAGCUGAAGACAUUGUGAGACAUAACGUGGCGGUAGCAGUUUUGAAAGAUCCGCGUUUAGCAGCAUCGCUACUUCGAUUACACUUCCAUGAUUGUUUUGUUAUGGGGUGUGAUGCAUCGGUACUUUUGGACAGUGUUGAGGGAAUGACAAGUGAGAAACAAGCUGGACCAAAUGUGAACUCUUUACGUGGAUUUGAAGUCAUUGACAAGAUAAAGUAUUUACUUGAAAAGGAAUGUCCUCUCACUGUUUCAUGUGCUGAUAUUCUUGCUAUGGUUGCUCGUGAUGCUGUUGAAUUGAGAGGAGGACCAAGAUGGGAAGUGUGGCUGGGGAGGAAGGACUCACUUGAGUCAAGUUUCAGUGGAGCCAACCUAUUCAUCCCUGCUCCAAAUUCCUCUUUAGAGACUUUAAUUAAUAAUUUUAAGCAACAGGGUCUGGAUAUUGAAGACCUGGUGGUUCUAUCAGGUAGCCAUACAAUAGGAAGGGCAAGAUGUUUAAGCUUCAGGCAGAGGAUCUAUGAAACAAAACAGGAAUAUCACCAUGCCUAUGAUCGCUACAAACGAUACACAACCUUCAGAAGAAUCCUACAGUCCAUAUGUCCUGUUACCGGAAGGGACGACAAAUUUGCACCCCUUGAUUUUCAAACACCAAAACGGUUUGAUAAUCAAUACUUCAUAAACAUUAUUGAAGGAAAAGGCUUGUUAGGUUCUGAUAAUGUUUUGAUCAGUCAAGACUUAGAUGGAAGGAUUAGGAAGCAGGUGUGGGGUUAUGCCUCUAACGAAAAACUUUUCUUUGAUUCCUUUGCUAAGUCUAUGAUUAAGAUGGGAAAUAUUAAUGUUCUUACUGGAAGUGAAGGUGAAAUAAGAAGGAAUUGUAGAUUUGUCAACCCUUAGGUAGGUAUUAUGUAUUUCUAUGAUUUGUAAUAGAAACUUGUUUGGACUUAA